AAUCUUGAAGCUGAAGCCCUAAAUUGGAAAUGUGGGAGCACUGCAAAACUCCGACAUUUUUCAGCAUUCUCCUGUAAAAAGUUUGAAACUUGAAAGGGCAUUGUGAGAAGAUGGCCUCGCAGCGCCCAAACAGAAGCUCCUGGUUUGAGGACGUUCUUAUAGGAGCUGUCUCCGAGGGUGUUAAUCAUUCGACUUUUAUCCUUUUGAAUGUUGCCGGGGUGGCCCUUGUCAUCGUGCUGGCUUUUCUUGCGGUGGUGGCGCAAGGGUACGACGUGUUUUUGGUCAUUCACGUCAUCGUCCUGGUCCUGUGUGCGGUGGCGCUACUUGGCCUGCUCAACUGGUUCAUUGCUGAGACAGGGCUCGUUUCAGCGGAAGAGCAGGCCAAGGCCCUCUUUGAGACCCCUGGAGCCACCGAUGUGGGACCUCCCCAGCCUUUGCCAGAAGACAAGAAGCAGGGUUGAGUGGUGGCUGUGUUAGACACCAUAUUAAGGCACCAAGUGGUGGUGGGAACAGGGGCGCAUAUUGAAAUGAAGUCAUUGGCGCCCCGCUCAGCGUCUCUGCUCCGCAACCUUUUGAGCAAACGUUUGGAACAGAAGCUCCCGCCAAACCUGCAAGUCAAUGGGGCGACAGUGCUUAGUCCCAAGAGCCCCUCGCUCCAGGGCCUGUUCUCAUCAGCUGCCAAUAUUCUGUGGCACAGCGCCAAGGAUUCAUCUCACGGCCCCCUCGCUCUCCCCACCCGGAGUGAAGCCCUUGUUGGAGCCUGGGGCAGCAGGUGCGCUGCUGCUUUCCGCCCUUCUUUCAGUCCAAAUUAUGUACCCUUGGCCACCAGGGGCGUCCAAACCUCCCCCCCUCCUGGCCCCACGUCCUUCCCUGUCGCCUCGCCUGGCAAGCGUCGGCCGGUGGUGGCGGUGGGCAUGUCGGGGGGCGUGGACUCAGCGGUGAGCGCACUGCUGCUGCAGCGGGCAGGGUACGAGGUGGUGGGGCUGUUUAUGCGCAACUGGGAUGCACAGGAGGAGGACGACGCGGGGCAGUGCUCGGCGGACCAGGACCUCAAGGACGCCAAACAAGCGUGCGCGCAUCUUGGCAUCCCGCUGCACGAGGUGGACUUUGUGCGGCGCUACUGGACGGACGUGUUUGAGCAAUUUGUGGCCGAGUGUGCGCGCGGCCUGACCCCCAACCCGGACCUGCCCUGCAACCGCCACAUCAAGUUCGACGCCCUGCUGCACCACGCGCUCGCCCAGGGGGCCGACCUGCUGGCCACCGGCCACUACGCACGCCUCGACUCGGAGGGGGAGGGCGGGGCGCGGCGCCUGCUGCGGGGCAAGGACCCGACCAAGGACCAGAGCUACUUCCUGGCACAAGUGGAGAGCGCCCCUUUGGAGCGUGUGCUAUUCCCGGUGGGUGGCUCCCUCAAGAGCGAAGUGCGCCAGCUGGCGACAGAUGCAGGCCUGCUGGUUGCGAACAAGCGCAGCAGCCGCGGCAUCUGCUUCUUGGGCAAGCGCCGCUUUGAGCGCUUCAUUGCGCAGUACGUGCCGCUGCAGCCAGGCCCGUUUGUGAACGUCGGGGACGGGCGCCCGGUCGGCACGCAUGGCGGGCUUGCGGCGUACACCAACGGGCAGCGUGCACGCAUCGGAGGUUCGGCUCUGCCCUGGUUCGUGGUCGGGAAAUCUGUGGGCGACAAUGCUGUGUUUGUGGCCCGCGGGGAGGACCACCCUGCGCUAUACUCGGACACAGCACUGGUGGCGCCGCUGUUCUGGGUCACGGGGCGGCCACCACGGGAACUGCUGGACGGGCGAGAGAUGGUGUGCUCGUACAAGGCAAGGUACGUGCAACGGAUGGGGGAGUGCACAGUCAGGCUGGUGGAGGGGCGAGCAGGGAUGCGGAGUUGCCGGGGGUUCGAGAAGAGUAGCUUCAGCCGAGUCGACAUUCCGGAGCUGGCCGAAAAGGAGGGGGCCGUCCACAAACGUCUGCUCGUGAGGUUCAAGGAGAGCGAGCGGGCGUUGACGCCACGGCAGGCUUUGGUGCUAUACGAUGGUGAUGUAUGUUUAGGGGGUGGCUUGUUGGCGCAUCCCGGAAGGACAAAGUACGAGAUGGGGGAGUCGAAAGAAGUUGACGUACUUGAGCAGGCAGCGGCCUGAUCAGGUUAAGGUCAACCUCGCCAUGCACUCUCGAAAGACGGGGAAAUUGUGACAGUGUAUCGACUUCGUACAGCAUCAUACUUGAACUGGGCUUUUGUAGACUCGUCAUCGUCGAGA